AUGGGUCGCAACACCGUCAAGAUCUCCAAGACCCGCGAAGCUGGGCAAACAACGUUAAGCUUCGCCCCAGCUCCUUCCGCUCCAUCACCAGCGGCUCCUUCCGUCCUCCCCCCUCCAUCUCAACUCAUUCCCUCUUCUCUCCCCCUCCCCCUUUCCCCCCCUCUCUCGCCUGCCCCAGUCACCGCCUCGAUGGCAUCCAGCGGCUCGUUGGCCAUCACCACCACCAAAGCGGGCUCGCGGUCGUCGGUCAAGACGGUCGGCGCGACUGGGGCAACUGUGGACGAAACCAAAGGCAUGUCCGUCGCCGUUUCGGACGAAGAGGAUGACAAGCCUGUCUCGGGCCUCAGCAACAUGCACGCCCAGUCCUUCCCCCUCGCGCCCAAGGACUGGGCAGUCAUCGACACGCUUCCUUCUGGUCUGGACUCGGCAACAUUUCGCCGUGCGUUCAGACGCGUCUUUCGUGACGUCCUGGGCCAAAACCAACGGAGGUUUUGGAAGGACGAGGCGACACCCGAGUCGGAGCCACAAUGGCGUCACCGGCUCGGUAGCGGCAUUAACCACAGCGUGUUCAAGAUCCUUACCAGGGCAUCGCCGCCGACGGCGGAGGAGCUCAUCGUUUGGCCCGAUGCCGAGCGGGACCCCAAGUGGGGUGUGUACGUCUUCCUCCUCGUGCCCCUCCCCCACAUCGCCGACCAGCGCUUGGUCAUUUACAUCGGUUCCUCGAGCGCUUUCUCUGUGUUCAGCAGCAAUGAAGAAAUCGCCAAGGCUGGAGGUCUCAGCCAUCGUAACGGCGGGCACAUGGACCUGCUCAAAGCGGCGAGGAGGCGGAUCGCGGCAGGCGAGACAAUCGCCAACACGCCAGAACGGUGUCUCAUCUACACCCUCUUUGGUCAGAGCCCCGACGAUUACGACCUGUACCACAAAUCCCUUUACACCAUCAAGGGCACUGACAAGUCGACGAUGUCGUCGCGCUCACCCGGUGAACUGCUCGCGAUGCAGGCGACAUGUCUGUUCGUCGAGGACCUCUUUGCCCAGGCUUUCAACAGCUGGAUGUCUGCGCCCGUCACCAACUCCCUGUGGCAGAAGGCACCGUGA